UUGUUUCAAACCUCAAACACAAAUGGCCGGCGUACUUGGAUGGAGGGAAUGAUGACCCAAAGCCAAAUAGUUUGCUAGCAGACUUUGUUGACAAUCUAGCUGCUUAAUCAUUUUCUUUGCCAUAAGAAAUGUUGCACAAGAUUGGAAAUAGAAGCAUUAGGUUGUUGUACAAAAGUUAUAACCAUAUUCGACUUUUAAUAAAUUGUUGUAAAUUACUUUCCUCGGAUAAAUCUUGUUGUCAUAUAGUAGCAGAAAAAGGGGACCUUGUUUCUCCGAUUUGCGAGUCUGAAUUCUGAAACUUGUAAAUCUGGCUUCUUCGAAUUUGCUGAAACGGCUGCUGGGAUCGGGAUUGGGAGCGCGUAAGGGGCGAAGAUCGGGGCGUUCAGCGAUGGAUCUGAAUCCGUUUAGGUUGUGCUCGGGGCUCAAGUUCCUGGGCUACUUUAUGGUGGCGCUGGUUUUGGGUUUAAUUGCAGUGUCCUACUGCGCCGUCGUGGUCCUCACCUUAGGGCCCCACCUCCUCCACGGCGGCUUCACGUCCUUCUUCUCUAUCCUUCUCCUGGCUGUCUUUCAUCUCCUGCUGGUAUUGUUGAGUUGGAGCUAUUUAAUGGUUGUGUUUAGGGAUCCUGGUGCUGUCCCUCCAGGAUGGAAACAGGAUACGGAAAGGGGGAACUCUAACUCUUUAUCUUCAGAGGAACCUGCUCCGCAAUUUUGCAAUCGUUGCCACAACGGGAAGCCCCCACGCUCCCAUCAUUGCUCUGUUUGUGAACGUUGUGUUCUUAAGAUGGAUCACCACUGCAUAUGGGUUGUGAACUGUGUAGGGGCUCGCAACUACAAAUUCUUCCUCCUAUUUUUGCUGUACACUUUUCUGGAAACGAUGCUGGAUACUCUUGUGCUGCUCCCUGGUUUCAUAAGUUUUUUCCGACAAGCUGAGCAUCAUUCCAGCUCACCGGGCAAAUUGGCUAUCACCUUUCUAGCCUUUGUUCUAAAUCUAGCUUUUGUGCUGAGCCUUCUUUGUUUCGUUGUCAUGCAUAUAUCCCUGCUCUUGAGCAAUACAACUUCAGUGGAGGUUCAUGAGAAGAAAAAAGGUAUGCCAUGGAAGUAUGACUUAGGAUGGAGGAAGAACAUUGAGCAGGUGUUUGGCACCAGAAAGGUGUUUUGGUUGUUUCCAGUAUUCCCUAAAGAAGAGUUGGAGAGGGUACCUGCACUUGAGGGUCUAGAUUAUCCAACACGCUCAGAUAUUAUUGAUAUAUAAGGAAAUCGGAGAUGAAGAGAGAGAAGCAAACUAAGAUUGGCGUGACAAAGAGAAUGAGUCCCGGAGGCACCAUCCACUGCUGGCGGUUGGUGGCAUGGAAGGACAACUCCCACCAAAUCAACAUCACGCCGCCUGCCAAGCUCACUGCCAACCAUCUCAAGUAUCCAUUCCUUCUCUCUUUAACAUCUUCUUCGCAAGACAUUGAUGACUGCAGCGUUUCAGAAAAAUAUGUGGUCUGGUCCCAUUACACUGCCUUUUCAUUAAAGUAGUUGUUAAUUGCUACAAGAAAAACCAUGACGAGGGUGUGGCCUCUAGCUUUCUAGGGCGGCUUAAGUUAGCAUUGUAUUUAGUUUGAAUUUCCAAGUGGCCCGUAGGUUGCAUAGGAUGGAUGCAUCAUAUAUAGCAGAUUAUUCAAAAAUAUGACAUCAGAUUGCCAAA